AUGGACUCGCUAACGGUGAUCAUCAGCUCGCCUGGCCACAGUCCACACAAGUUCUCGCUCUCGCUCGGCCGCGAGUGCUCCAUACUUGAGCUCAAGGAGAUUAUCACCUCCCGACUUGACACCAACCCAGGGAUCGCAGACCAGCGCCUUAUCUACGGCGGACGCAUCCUCGACGACAAGGAUACCCUCGACCAGGUCUUUGAGAAGGUCGACUGCUCUGACAGUGCACCGACUAUCCACUUGGUAGUGUCACAGCGACAGCACACGAGCACACCACCAUCACCCUCACCACUCCGUUUCCGCUUCACUCCAGAGUCCACAGCUCCACCCGCUGCUAGUGCGACUAGCACAACAGCAGCAACGACAGGAACUGCGCUGAACACACGUAACACCAUCACAGCAUUCACUGCCAGCACAGCAACCGAACAGGACCGGACCGGGAGCAACACAACCACCACUGGGACCAGCACCAUGACCCCAAGUGCGAAUGACGCCACUUCGGCUCCAUUUCCCGCCACGGGCAUGGGGAUGGCUCCAGCGUUUGCACCUUUUGCUGCCGCACAGUCCCCAGUCCAGUAUCAGCCCCUGCAAUACGUGUUUGUCAAUGGCAUGCCGUAUCUUGUGCCAGCAGCAUAUCUACCGAUGCUGCAACAUCAACACUGCAUGCAGCAAGCACACCAAUUCUCAACGCCUCAUCCUUACUUUGGGGCUGUUAUGAUGAACCCUGAUGGAACACCCUAUUUCCAGCAUAUACCAACCGUCAUGAUGGGUGCUGCAGGGAUCGGGGCGGGUGCGCAGCAAGGCAAUACAGCAGCAGCAGGACCAGGAGUAGCAGGAGCGGUGGAUGGAAAUGCACAGGACAAUGCGGCCAGGGACCAGCGCAGAGCUGCAUCGCUUUGGUUGCUGAUGAAGCUGGCGUUUGGAGUGUAUCUAUUCAGUCAGAACGGAAGUAUUGAGCGCAUUGUGCUCCUUCAUAUUGCUGCACUCAUUAUCUUUUUACAUCAAACGGGGCGGCUCCGGAUUGUGCGCAGGAUUGGUCACCCUCCAGGUGACACACCACAGGAUGGUGCUCCAAAUGCGGGGGGACGGCAACAGAAUCCAGCAGGACCUGCUGCAGCGCAGACCCAGCAGACGACAACAACGACCACCACGACCACCUUCACAUCCUCAGACAACAACAAUAACACAUCAGACGAAAACAGGCAAGAGUCAUCAUCUAGCUCUAGUAACAUUACGACCAUGAACAGCAGUGGUAACAGCAGCAAUGGCAGCAACAAUACUCAAUCUGCACAGGAACAGAGCCAUUUGACUGGCGCCGGUGCAAUUCCUUCUGCAGACGGACAAGGAGCGCAGUCAGCACAGACUCAGGAGGGUGCAUCGCAACAGCAGCAGCAGCAGCAGCAACAGCCAAGACUGUCGACAUGGCGAAGCAUAGAGCAUGCGUUGUUGACGUUUGUGACAUCACUCGUUCCGGCGCCUCCACCCGAGAUCGAUCCCGCAGUUGCGAAUGCGGCAGCAGCAGGCGAGCGGGGCAUGUGA